UCCGCGCUCGGCGGACGGGAGAGCUCACAGCUUCUUGGAGUCCCAAUGGGCGUAUUUUCGGCCGACCCUCCUUGCGCGAGAGCUGCCUAGACGCCGCAAGUUGAUUUUCUGUGAUUCCUCUCCUGCUUUCCUGCCUCUUUGAGUUCUUAGAUCUGUGGCUACAUCGCGGAUUUCGGUCAUUAAGCCAAGCCGGUGGGGAGCCUGGGGCACGAGUCCGCGCUCCCGGCGGUGGUGGAGGAUUCGGGAUGGAACUGGAAUCCCGAUCUGGGAGAAACGGGCUCCUCCAGCUCCCUCCUCACCCUGGCUAGAAGCUUUUGGCAGACGCUGGUUCUCGAAGAGGUCGCAGGCGGUACGGAGGCACCGACCCGGCCUCUGAGGAGGUGGCCUCCAGAUCUCAAAUAGAAAGGCGAAUCAUGUUUUUUUUUUUUUUUUUCUAACUGUAGUUGUUUAGAGGUAUAUGUUUUGAUCUAAAAUUUAAGUAUGCUAUAUCACACGUGGAAUCUUCGGAUACAGUUUUCUGCCUCCCUCUCCAUGGCCCCCCGUGAGGAAAUCCGAUUCGGCCCCUUUUGUUAGGGCCUGGAAGUCUGUACAUAAACCCUUCUUAAGUAGGGUCUAAAUUGACGGUUUCCAGAUCUCCUUGAUAGACGGUGAUCCGAUCAUAACCUUUCACCGAGCAACGCCCCCACCCUCGCAAAACAGCAAAAAAUCCAAACAUUAAAGAGUUCAUAGGGAGAAAGAUCCCAAAUAGCCGUGUAAUGUGCUUACCUUCUAUGUAAACGGAGAAUUCUUUACCUGUCACAUGUGAAAUAUUAGCAAAGGUGACGGAGUAGCCGGUGGCGGAACAAAAUGAACUCUAGGAAUCAGGGGUUUACAGGACAGUCCCUGUCCUCAUGGAAGCGGUAGAUAGAGGAUUAAGAGGAGGCCAACCUGCCAGUGCUUGGAUCCAAACUGUAAUUCGAGGGGCUUUCUGGAUUAGAUGAUGUAUUAGUUUCUUACUGCUUUUCUAUCAAGUUACCACAAACUUAGUGGCUUAAAACAAGCUAUACUGCUUUUUAAAAAAUUUUAUCUACUCAAGAGGAAUAAAUUCUAGGGAUCUGUUGGACUUCAUUGUGCCUAUAGUUAACAAUACUGUGUAUGAACACUUAAAAUCUGGUAAGAGAGAAGAUCUCUAGUUAAGUGUUCCUAACCACAAUUAAAACACACAUUACAGUUCUGGUCAGAAGUCUGAGACUGGUCUCACUGGGCUCAAAUAAAAAAUGUGGUCAGGGCUGCAUUAUAUUCUUAGAGGCUCUGGAAGAUCUGUUGUCACCUUUUCCAGCUUCUAGAGCCUGUCAUUCCUUGGCUUUCUGUCUCCUUGUCCCUUCAGAUCCAGUAAGAAUCUCCUAUCCUACCCUUCUGCCUCCGUUUUGAGAUGCAUUUAGUUAAAACUCUUACCUAAAAUUAAUUUUAGUAUUAUAUAAAGACUUCCUUAAUAUUUUUUCAACCUCAGAAACAGCAGAGAUGAAUUCAUCAUUAUCCUUGAUUCUUAAUACAUCUCAACAUCGGUCCAUGCAGCAUUGGUCCCUGCCCUUAUUUACAUAUUUAAUUACCUUUAAUAAUAUAGUAAAGACCUAUAAACUCAUCCCUGGAUUAUAGCCUAUGUCUAACUCCACGAUCUUCCUGUCCUUUUAUCCCAUCUUAUCCCCAACCUUUCCUGAACCUAGGUAACCAUCUUUCUUAACCUCAUAUUCAUAAUUUCCUUACUUCUCAUUUUAUAUCAUUUUUAAAAAUUUUAUUUUUUAAGUAAUCUCGACAUCCAAUGUGGGGCUCAAACUUACAACCCUGAGAUCAAGAGUUGCAUGCUCUACUGACUGAGACAUCCAGAGGACGGAAGAAGAAUGGCUGCGGGGAGUGUUCCUUCUGAGCUCAUAGAAAGAGAACGGAAAAAGUUGCUUGAAAUCCUCCAACAAGAUCCUGAUUCUGUCUUAGACACAUUAACCUCUCGGAGGCUGGUUUCUGAGGAAGAGUAUGAGACUCUGGAGAAUAUUACAGAUCCCCUGAAGAAAAGUCGAAAGCUGUUAAUUUUGGUACAGAAAAAGGGAGAGGUGUGCUGUCAGCAUUUUCUCAAGUGUUUACUUAGUACUUUUCCAGAGUCAGCUACCAUUUGGGGCUUAGAGCAUGAAUUUUUAAAGCAUGAGAAUAUACAACCUCUUCAACCUAUAGGGAUAAACAAGAAUUCAGAUUUUUUUUCCUCUGGAGAGAAACAGCCUGAGAAUCCUGAGAUCACAGUAUCCUUCACAGAGAAAGAACAUCUGGAUAUGGGAAUCUCUGAAUCCUUUGGGGAGAAGAAAAGAAGUCAUAAAGAAACUGCUUGGACCUCCAGCAAAGAUGAGAAGGAAUACAACACGCCCAAAGUCAUAUCACCACAUUCAGUUGAGAACCCCGAAUAUGAAAUUCCAGCAACUAUUGUUUAUUUACAGGAUGGACAGAGAUAUGAGAAGCCAGAUGAUUCUUUGUACUUAGGAAGAGAGGGAUAUCUAGAAUCCCUUGGGUACUCGGAAGAUGCAGAGCCCGCUGUGGAAGAAAAGGAUUAUAAUCACUCAGAGCACAGUGUUUAUGAUGGCGAAGAGGGCUGGACAUAUUCAGAAACCCUGCACUUCUCUGAGGAAGAACAGAGCUAUGAGGAUUCAGAAACUGGCAUUUCGUUGGAGGAGGAUGAGGAGGAAGAGGAGGAAGAGGAGGAGGAGGAGGAGAAAAGGAGUGAAGAAAGAAAAAACGUGUUUCAAGAUGUCCUAUCAUGUUUAAACAUGGAUAGGAGCAGAAAGCUUCUGCCGGAUGUUGUUAAGCAAUUCUCCUUAGAUCGAGGAUGUAUGUGGACACCUGAGGCUCCCGGAGACUUAGCUUGGAAUUUCCUGAUGAAAGUUCAAGCUCUGGAUGUGACAGCCAGAGAUACAGUCCUCAGACACAGGGUUCCGGGUGAAGAUGGCAAAGAGGAAUUGGUGACUGGGGUAGAGAAUUUGGAAAUCAGAGAUGUACAAACCAUUCAUCCCUUUGAUGUUCUUUGUGCCUCUAUGCUUUGUUCAGACAGCUCCUUGCAGCGUGAAGUCAUGUCAAACAUGUAUCAGUGCGGGUUUGCUCUUCCCCUGCUCCUGCCAGAUGCAGAAAACAAUAAAAGCAUCUUAAUGCUAGGGGCCAUGAAGGACAUUGUGAAAAAGUGGUCAACACAGUCUUCAGGAGGGCCUCCAGGGGACACAGAAAAGUUUCCGAAGAUGCCUGUCAUCUCCUUUGUGCGCCUAGGGUACUGUAGCUUCUCCAAGUCCAGAAUCCUCAACAGAUUGCUUGGUCCUGCCCAACUGAAAUCACACAAAAUCUUUCUCCAUCAGGAUUUUACUGUCCCAGUGCUUCCCCGGCAAAUCUCUGAUGGCCUGGUUGAGAUAAUGUGGCAUUUUCCUGAGCGAGACUGUCUAAAGGAAAACCCUAGUUUUUUCCAGAAGCCUGUUGCUCUGGCCAACCUCCGUGGAGACCUAGAAAAUUUUUGGACACAGUUUGGUUUUUUGGUGGAAAUUUCCUCAGCUGUGUUUUUUUUCACUGACUACCUAGGUGAGAAGGAGUGGGACUUGCUAAUGUUUUUAGGAGAAGCUGCCACUGAGAGAUUGUACUUUGUCCUCAGUUCCCAGGCCCAGGAGAGUGAAGAGGCUCAGCUUUUCCAGAGGAUUCUAAAGUUGAAGCCAUCACAGCUACUGUUUUGGGAGGAGGAGGAAGCUGGGGAGAGAGGGAAGAAUAUGGAGGCUCUUCAAGCUGCUCUGCAGGAAGUGAUGUCCUCUUCCCUCAGAUGUGUGACCAUGGAGGAGAUGGGCUCCCUGGCCAGGGAGUUGGGAAUCCAGGUAGAUCAAGACUUUGAGAACGUUCAGGGAAUUCACAGUUCCUCUAGUGAAAACCUGGCUGAAGAUGAGAGACAACAAAGACACAGUCAGCCAGAAAGCUCAUCUGAAAGCGCAGCUGAGAUGCCUGUAAGCGAGCCUGGGGCUAGCUGGAAUUUUCAGAAUUUCCACCCCACCCCAGUACUCCUGCCUUCUCAGGAAAACUCCUAUCCUCUACCAACCAGAAUUGGAGGUAACUUUAACCAUGUGUAUCUGAAAGCCCCCUGGCUUAUGGGCUCCCACUUUUGGUCAGAGCAGAAGACCAGGUGGUUCCGUCCCUGGCCCUUUCAGAAAACAAGGGGCCAUGGUCGAGGUAAAAGUUUUAGGUCUCAGUACUUCCCACCCCAGAGAUUUUAUUCACCUGAAAGAUUUAUAAAAUUUCCAAGAACUUCUUGGGGAUAUUGCAUGGAUAAAACAAGACCUGUGUCUCAGCAUGUACAGGCCUGGCCUAAGAGACCACAGGAGGACAGAACAAUGGGAGCUUUGAAAAGAUCUGGGGCAGUGGUCUCCCACAAAGGUCACUUCCAUUCCCUGGGUUUGCAGCCAGCAGGAACAGUUGGGAAGCCACAGCCUAAACAAGCCUAUGCCCAGAGAACACAGCCAACUAGGGCAACUGGGAAUCUUAUAAAAACAACAUCCCAUAUUGAAGGUCUUUACCCCGAGGCCUUUCAAUCAGCUAGAGCCAUACAAACACCUGUAAGACCUGCUUUUCAGCAAGGAGCCAAACUGAAGGCACAGGAUGGGUCUUCAAAUCCAACUUUCCAAAUGGGAUCCUAUCCUAGGUCCAACAGCAAAUGUUCACCCAGCUCCCAGUUCACAUCCAACCAGCCCAAGCCACUUCAGGUCAACCAAGCCCAGCCUGUGCCCUCUCCACCCAAACCCACGCACACAAAACCCACUCAACCCCGCCCAUCCCAGACUAAACCCUUUCCAGCCAUCCCCACUCAACCCUGGCCCUCCCAAGCUAAACCCUCUCCACCUAAACCCACUCAGCCCAAGCCAUGCCCACCCCAGGCCUCCCAAUCCAAGCCUUCUCAGCCCAGGCCCACUCAACCCAAGUCAUGUAGGACCAGUCCUUCACAGGCUAAGACAAACAAUCCAAGAGCAGCACCCAAGAGGGGAGGAAAACGUUAAAGUGCUUACUCUAGAGACCUGUGAAACAAAUCCUUCACCCAGGCCAUUGCUAUCAUACAGUAACCUGAAGAAGAAUGGCAGAGGUGGUCAGAGAUUCCUAUCAUUAACAUGACAGAAAGAAAAAAAAAAGAUAUGCACAGCUUAACUGGUAUCAUUAAAAUAUCUGUAAGAAUUGUGUCUACCAAAAGAAAAAAUAUGAAAAGAAAUAAGAAUAGAAUCAGGGAGUAAAUAAAUUAACUGAACCCAGCCUUGAGUAUUAGGUAAUAUAUAACCUGAUUGCCAGGAAAGGUGCUGUUGAGACGACUCCAUUAAAUUAGGCUCAGACAGCUCAGUGUUACAAGAAAAACGGUUUUCGAUGUUUGCUGCUCCAGAGGUGUCUUAGUGAAAACUUUUUGGUUCACUUAUCAGCCACUAAGCAGAUAAUCUAUUUACCUGUGAUAACAGCUCCAGUUUGCUUGGAUGUUAUAAUUCUCUCAUUUUACCCUUACAUGCAGGAAUAAUGAGCUGAAAACCAAUGAGAUGAAUUAUUUUGCAUUUACUUGGGUAUGAUUUGUGUAUGUUUUAUAUUUGAAGUAUUUGUAGGGACGCCCAUGUGGCUAAGUUGUUAAGUGGCUGCCUUUGGCUCAGGGCUCCAUCCCAGGACCCUGGGAUCAAGCCCCCCAUAGGGCUCUUUGCUUAUCAGGCAGCCUGCUUCUCCCUCUCCUACUCCCCCUGCUUGUGUUUCCUCUCUCACUGUGUCUCUCUCUGUCAAAUAAUAAAUAAAUAAAUAUAUAAAUGAAAUAAAAUCUUAGAAAAAAUAUAGUAUUUGUAAUAGUUAAGGUAAUUUAGUUUAUUAAAAGAUCUGAUAUCCUCAUGAUUUCAACUUAAAAUGCAUAAUUGAAUUUUUGAUUUUAGAGUUACAAAGCUUGUAGAAAGCACUGCAAUGUUUAAGAGAACUUAAGAUUCACAAAAUUUGCAAUUUUACUUUAUUAGGUUCAUUACUAUCCUAAACAUUUGGGUAAGAUCUGCCAGUUACAAGCAUAAGUAAAAGGAAUAUAAUAAAUUUAAAAUAUUCAAAUGAAGUUUAAUUAAGCUUAUAAAUGAUACCAAAUAUUAAUAAAAGGCCACUUAAAGGUUAAUGUUAAAAUUCACUAGAUGUAGAAAUAAAAUAAUAAGAUUUGUAAUUUGGAUUAAGACCUCUGGUUUUUUAAUUUAACACUUUUAUAAAAUUAAUACUAAUUUUAAGUACUAAAAUAGCCCCACGUUGUCUUUUCUGGGUUAGAAAUUUUUUCGCCUUCAAGGAUGCCAAGGGAAAAAGAUCAUAUUGAUAAAUAGAUGAAAAAUGAUUUUUGAAAAGGAAUAACUAAUUUCUGAGAACAUGCUCAUACUCCAAUAGGCAUCCUUUAUUUAUGCAUGUCUUAAACAAUUAUACUGAGUAUUUACAGGGUGUUAAAUCUCUAAAGUCAUUGUAAGGAUGAAGAGAGAAAGGACUGUGCAUGUAGAUUUUUAUCUAUAUCUUUCCAAGAGAAAAAGCAUAAUACCUAGUGUAU